AGAAAAACAAUGUAAUUGGUUAAUUUAUUAUGAUGAUUUAAAGUAAUGUAAAGACAUAUACUGUCAUGACUUUUUGAUCACAGUAGUUUUUACAUUUGUGCACACAUUCUGGGGACUUGCAUGCUUUUGUAAAGAAUGGAAUGGAUUUUAGUAUAACAAAUAUAUUUGUCUUAUAUACAAAGCUGUUUUUUUGUAAAAAGGCCACCCACAGUCAAUGCCCUUGUGCGCAUGUUCCAAGAACAAAGCGUGACAGAGUCCCCGAGCUCCACCAACACCAGCGUUGAGAAGCGCAGGAGUAAAAGCCUGUAGCACGAUGGAAAUUAAACAGCUUUUAUUAUUAAAAGUCAAGUGCAAUUUACUUUAGCCAGUAUAAUGAUUACAAAUAGUCACAAAUCCGAAUUGGAAAACGCGCUUGUGUAAAAAGACGCGACUGCGUUUCAGCACUCUGGACAGCGCACGCAAGUUGCGCCUGACGCGACUUACUGGAGUUAUUUUGUUUCUGCUUAAAAAAUAUAGGAGAAGAAUCAUGCACUAUUCAACAACAGGGUCAAAUACACCGCAAGUGGACUUUUAAAGUGAGAAAUGGACUUUGCGGAAAUUCUCUUUGCUUCUUUCAUCGUUGUGGUUGCGAUCGUUUCUCUGUUGUCCAACUUGCUGGUGUUGCUAUGCUUCAUCCACAGCGGCGAGAUACGCCGACAGGUGCCAGGUGUGUUCACCAUGAACUUAUCGUUCUGCAACAUACUCAUCUCCGUCCUAAACAUGCCGUCCACAUUAGUGGGGAUCGUAAGCAACCAACAGCCUUUUGGGGACCGCUUGUGUCGCACCGUCAGCUUUCUGGAGACCUUUCUGACAGCCAACAGCAUGUUAAGCAUGGCAGCGCUCAGUAUAGACCGUUGGAUAGCCGUGGUGUUCCCGCUGAGUUACUCCAGCAAAAUGCGCUACCGGGACGCGCUGGUUAUGGUGUGUUACUCGUGGCUUCACUCGUUCACCUUCUCCCUCAUCCCGCUGCUUUUCUCCUGGUUUGACUACAGUCCCGUUUACGCAUCCUGCACGUUGCAUUUGGUCGACGAGAGCGCGCGGAUUAAGUUUACCGUGUUUACCAUUGUAUUUCAUGCCACCAGCUUCAUGCUCUCCCUCCUGAUUUUGUGCGUUACAUACUUAAAGGUGUUAAAAGUUGCACGCUUUCACUGCAAGAGGAUUGACAUUAUAACCAUGCAGACCCUCUUCUUAUUGGUAGAUAUACACCCGAGUGUAAAGCAACGUUGUCUUGCAGAACAAAAGAGAAGGAAACAGCGCGCAACUAAGAAAAUCAGCAUUUUUAUUGGGUCUUUCAUCAUCUGUUUCGCGCCUUAUGUCAUUACAAGGUUGGUCGAGCUUCUUCCUCUUGUGGAAAUUAACCGACACUGGGGUAUUAUCAGCAAGUGUUUAACAUACAGCAAGGCAGCCUCGGAUCCUUUUGCCUACUCCCUCCUGCGACAGCAGUACAAGAAAGUCCUGGUAACAGUAGCCAAUCGCCUACUAAAGCGUGAUUUAUACCCCUCCUCUGGACAGAGCAGCUCUAUGGACACAGAGAACGACUACAGUCUUCAAAGAAUUAGCUAGUGACACUUGCACAAACUGGAACGUCUCAAUGCCUUCAUUUCAAAAAGUGUGCGUGGGAAUUCAAAGAAUGAGUGACUGUGUGUGAAACAGAAAAACAGGAUUGUGUGUCACAGUAAUGGUAACAGUGAUGGCCCCGUGUAAUGUAACCAGGGGGUUGUGAAAACAAGGACAGCGGUACGGCGCAGAGCAUAAUCAUAUUCACACAUACACACUUUUAGGCUGCAGUGUAACAUCGUGCCAAAUCUUGGUGCACUUUAUGCUCCCAGCUAAUAAGAUUCAACCAAGAAGAUUUUGCUAUAGAAACGUUUAUUUUUUCUGGGAAUGUACUCAUGGGACUGAGGCUUUGGACAUCUGCACUACCAUUCAAAAGUUUAGGGUCCCUUUUCAUGGGGAAAAAAUUAUGUUUUUUAAACUCUUCAAAAAUUACAGAAUAACAAAUGGAACUGUGAGAUCUCAAAAUGAAUCUAAAUAUAUUUUAGCAUCUUUUAGCAUUACCAAAAGUAUUUUCUUAACAUUUAUCACCCUGAAAACCAUAUUGAAGGUGUUCCCAUCUAUGCUACACUCUUAUUGGCUGAUUUUUUUCAUUAUUCGGUCAAAGUCAUUUCAAAAUGUUUUAUUAAAUACCUUUUAAAGAAGGAUAAUAUGUUUGCACAAUUAUAUCUACAAAAUAAUUUAUAUUUGUAAGGUAAAGAGAAGCAUUUCACUCAAGUGACCCCCAAAUCUUUGAAAGGUAGUCUAAAAAAUGCCAAUUCAUAUCAGCAUACUUCUCAAGUUAGAUAAAUGUAUAUUUUUGAUUUGUCUAAAGUUGCCAUUACAGUGGACUCUCUUCUUAAAACGACUUUAUGUUGGUCACUGGACGGUGAUGCACUUUG